AUGCCUCGCCAGUUCUCCAAGCCCGAUCUGCAGAGGCUUCUGCAAGCCGAAGAUAUCGCUCAAGUUGUCCUUGAGCCAAAACUCGUGCUGAGAUCAACACCUCCGACACAUGCUGUUGAGCAGAGGCACACAACACAAGCCACAGACAUCAUCGCCAACGAGAAAAUCAGCGAGAAGAGGAAGCCACCAUUCUGGAAGACUGCGAGGCGUAAGCAAAGCUACACGUUCAAACUUGUGACCGAUGCUCUUCCCAAUGCCGUCGCAACCAACGAGCCUACUGGAGUCAUUCAAGCACUGCUUGACAUCGGCGGCAGUUCAUCUUAUGUAAAGAAUGCAGAAACAAGGAACAGUCUCGAGACAUCACGAUCAGCAUUGCUACUGCAGGCUACGAGCAUCGGCAACCUGGAUACUAUAUCUUUGCUAGCGUCCAUCAUACCAUGUCCCCGUCUCGAUGAAGCACUCGCGCAAGCGCUCGCUUCCGCAAACCACAGCACAAUAAUGCGUCUGCUGGAGCAUGGCGCCAACCCCAACAGUUGCAGUACACAGAUCAUGGCGUUUGCCGCAGCUGGUCAGCAUAUGCAGCUUGCGCUACUCCAACAGGCUCCGAGACAAAUUCUUGCCGGGCUGGCAUUCGCUGCGCUUGAUGGUGCUGUUGCGAGUGGCUGCAGCAAAACACUAUCCUUACUUGCCAGCAUCGCAGACCUGCAUGAGCAUACUGCUGUUUCUGCUUUGUCGGAGACGGUCCACAAGGGUGACGUUAAGAUGCUGCUGAUCAUUCUUGCUCGAUGCUCUGAGUUGCUGAGGUCGGAUUUACUCGACAAGCACGUGCUCGAGGUGUUUGAGAGCACAUCGCUCGACCCAGCCUUAAGAUGCCAAUUCACCGAUGCCCUUCUGUAUGCUGGGGCUGACGGCAAUGACACCAGUGCCACCUUCUGCUCUGCCGUCGAACGUGGCGAGGUGGGCGUCGUUGAGUUAUUCAUCAAGCACAAGGUCGAUGUCAAUUGGCCGAGAGGGCAAGCUCAAGCUGCGUGCUUUGCUGCGCGGACUGGAAACACUCAGCUACUCCAACGUGUGCUCAGUGCGGGAAGUCUGUCAACAGAGGGAGCUUGCCGAGUCCUCGCAGGACUGUCUCGAACUAUGCCAGCAAGUGAGCGGCUGGCCAUGCUCAACAAGCUACUUCAUGCCGGCGCACGCGGACCAGCCGUUGACCAGGCACUUGUCUUUGCAGUUCGAGAUGCGAACGACAACGAAGUCCAGUUGCUGAGACACAACGGCGCACGUAUCGGCUCUGACGCUACUGCUCUUGUGGAGGCAAUUAGCGCUGAUCGGCCUCAAACUGUGUCAAUCUUGCUGAGCGGCAAUGUCGACACCACCGUAUUGCAGCGGGCGUUCCCAGCUCUGCGGCGAGCUACCAAAGACAGAAGAUUCGAGAUGACGAAGAUGCUCCUCGAUAAAGGUGCUCGGGGCGAGGCGAUCUCCGCUGCAUUAUCAGAAGCGGUGUGUGAUCAGAAAUCGACGCGUGACGAGAGACUUAUAGAAAUCCUGAUCAACGCUGGUGCCGACCCAUCGUUUGGCCGCGCUAGCAGUUUUCGUCACGUUGUCAGUCGUUGUGAUCUGAGGAUGUUCAGUCGCUUGCUGCACUCGCCGAUAUCAACGGAGACUGCAUCGGACAUCGUGUCGGACGUGGCAACGAAGAGCGAUACCGAUACAAGGUAUCGCUUCUACGAGCAACUAAUCGCAGGUGGCGUACCUCGCGAGGGCAUGUCCAGAGCGCUCAUUUUGGAGCUUUCGAACACGCACAGCAACACAGCCAUCUGCGAACUGUUGCUACACAAGGGCCACGCCGAUAUCAGUUUCGACUCCGGUAGAGCUCUUGCAAUCGCAGCAGCCAAGAACGAUGCAAGCAUGCUCAAUCUGCUUGUCAGUGGUCAAUCGGUCUCGGCUACUGCCGUUAGGCCUGCUCUUAUCUCCAUUAUACAGUCAAAGACAUUCGAUGAUGAAACGAAGGCUUCUAGAAUCAGACGACUGAACGUCACGCCAUUAAUUGCUUACGAGGGCAUUGCUGCAUCGGUCCAGUAUUGCGCAAAGCACUGUGCCUCCGGAUCUACCUGGCCUUUGGCAGCAUUCUCCGCUUUGAUCGACCAGAAACCCGACAUCAAUGCCGAACAAGGUGGUUUGCUGGGAGACGCAAUCGCGCAUUCAGCGCUCUCGCUUCUCCGCCUCUUGCUGAACCUGAAGCCAUCACAGGCGGUACUUGACAUCGCCCUGAUGAGCUGCUUGUCAAUCACAAACGAGGAGACUUGCAUUGAGCAUCUGGAAGCACUUCUCAAAUGUCAGCCGACGAAGGAAGGCAUCUCACGUGCACUCGUUGCUGCCUUCCAGCACGACAAGCCCUUGUCGAUCUGCAAGCUACUUCUCAAUCAUGGUGCUGAUGUGGAGUAUGGCAACCACAAAGCUGUCGUCUACGCAUUUCGCAAUCAGAACGUUGGCGCUAUCCAGCUUAUCUUCGCGUCUAACUCCAGUCAGCAGAUGCUUGCCACGGCAUUCGAUUCUGCCAUCCAACAAUCAGACCCUACUGUUGUUUUCGACUUGGUCAGCUUCACACUCAAGGCAGGCUUUCGAGGGCUUCCGGUAUAUACAUUGGUACUGAGUAUUGUGCAAGCCCAGCAGACGGACAUGCGAUUGCUGCAGCUAUGCAUUGAUCAUGGCGCGAUGAGCUACGCUCAGGACAGCCAGUGCGCCGUACAUGCCACCAUUACACAGAAGCUCGACGUUGUCCGCGUGUUGGCGCAAAAUGCGUUCACUUCAUCGAUGGCUUGUGAUUGCAUCAGGGCUUGCGUCGAUCAGGGUGUUCUUCUGAACUGCAGCGCCGACCUUGUAGCCCUCCUACUGGGGAAGGGCGCGCAUGGGCCAGUGCUCUCCGUCGCCUUGCUUCAUGUUGUCGUUAACUCAGCGGCUCGCGACAGAAGCUCAAAGAUUGAUCUGCUGGUGAGGUACGGAGCAGACGUCAACGCCAGCAAUGGAGAGGUGCUCUCAAAAGCGUGCGAAUUCGGCGACCUAGGCCUCGCCUUGGCUCUGUCGCAAGCUAGGACAGUGCCCACCUCGACCUUCUGCGCCAUUCUCGACGUAUUGCGGCAGAAGUACGAGCGGGAUCAGGUCGAAGCAACUUUCGGGUUGGGAAGGGUCAGUCAGCUGCCUGUGUUGCAGGUAUUGCUCACUCGUCGACCUCAGGGCGAGGGAGAACUUCAAGCCAUUCUCGAUGCGGAGCCUGAGCUUCUGAAGAACUCCCGUACACCUGUCACACUCCUGCCCGGCGGACCCCGGGCGCAUAUGAACGGGCCGACGGAUCUCUUUCAUUGGGCACUCGAAGCCUCACCCCGAAUUGAGACCAGUCUUCUGUGCAUACUCGUCGCGAGAGGCAUCGAUAUCGGCCAUGUCAAUAGCAAGGGCGAAACGUCAAUCAUGGUCGCAAUAAGGACUGGUAGAUCGCAACUCAUUGAGCCUCUCCGAUUGCAAGGAGCAGAUAUUUCCCGUCGUGAUUACAAUGGACGUGCCCCAUUGCUAUAUGCUGUUGAGUUGGGUCAAGCCGAUGCUGUCGAGAGACUGGUUUCAUUCGCCAAGCCAGACGAUGGAAGCCUGCACCAAGCAAUACGAAGGCUCGAUACUCGCCUGGUUGGUCUGCUAUUGAACCACGGACAUGACGCGACGAUCCCAUCACAGUAUACUGCACAUGGGAAACAUACACCCCUUAUGGAGCUCUUGUCGCUCAAUGUUGAUCCAUCUCAGCACUAUGAGUUCAAAGAGAUCGUGCGGAUGCUUGUGUCGCAUGGUGCUGAUCUGACCAAGAAGGUCGACAACAAGCCGUUGAUCUGUGCAGCGUUAGAUCGGGGUUACGCUAUCACUGAGGCUAUCCUGGCUGCAGGGCUCAAGGCACGUAUAGACGAAGACUGGAACAAUUACAACGACGGUCAGCAUUGCUAUUCCCCUACCCAGUAUGCGGUAAGGAUGCUCAAGGGCAGUGACGAACAUCGCGGGCGCCUUCUUGAGCUUCUGCGAAUGUACGGCGCGCAGAAGGAGAUCUACUAUAGGCUUCAAGGUCCGCAGCCAGACGAUGCGGUGGGCAUGCCACCUCACCUUGAGCGCCUUGAGCGUCAGCGGCGCGAGAAGCUUCAGCGUGAACAAGAUGCCCGAGAGGCCAUGGAGCGAGAACGUGAGAAUCGGAAACAGCAGCAGCAAUUCGAUCUUAUGCUUGAGCAAGAGCGUCAUGAUCGAAGUUGGGAUUUGAGGCAGGAUACUGCAGAUCGUGAAGCCAACAUCCGCGAUGCGAAUCAUCGCCGGCAAAUCGGACACACCAGAGAUAUCCGCGCAGAGGAGGAAGCGGAUCGAGAGUUGGAGGCACGAGCUCGUGUUCGUGAGCAGAAUGAUCUGCUUAAUUACGAAGAGGAGAGAAAUCACAACGCGUUAAACUUCGCUCGUCAGCAGCAGAAUCUGGAGGUCAAGCACCGUAAGGCACUAUUGGGUGCCCAGAAUGACGCUCUACAGCGACAGAUGCAGUACAAGGGGAUGUAUUACCAGGGAAAGAAUGCUUACGAAGAGGAACAGCAUCGCAGAUCAAUGGCUCGACGGGAGGCAUCCCAGUCGAGCAGAGUCGCCAGCAUUGAAGACAGAGAGUGGCGUGCUCAGCAGCGACAUCAGAGAGCCAUCGAAGCUGCACAGACCCGGGACUGGCGUGAGGAGAAUCGCCAUGAGAGGCAACUGGAGCAGCAGCACCAACUCCGUCUCACACAAGGUGAAGAACGCUAUUCUGACGAAGACAGCGUGGGCGAGGACGACGAUGAGGAGUCCGCUGACGAGGAAUUUGAUGCUCACUCGGAUGUAAGUCACAUUUCUUCCUUCGAGACUCGUCCAAGACUACCGCCUCCCGGCGUGGCAACUCGGACUGUCUCGAGUAUUUCCACCUAUCCACGGAAGGAGGACUCAUCCGUCUCGAACCCUGAUGCCCUCGACGUACAUCAUCCUUCUCCAUGGAUCGGAUCUAUCUCACUCAAAUCCGUCUUCGCUUCCACCUUGUGGUACCACAUCGACGAGACGUCCGCUGAGUACUCCCGUGACAGCGGACCGUCCUUCGAGGACUUCGCACAUCUCCAGGAAACCACUUCGUCCUUCCGGGCAUGUGUCACAUUUUUCCUAACUUCUGAUCUUAGGAUUGGCAUCGAUGAGACGACUUACUAUGAGAGAGCUGUCAACACAGCGUCUCUCGAAUGGCGUCUUGUAACCGACUGUCAUUCGUUCCUACGAUUCUGGCUGGGGGACAGUCAGCCGUGCUAUACGCGCGCCAUCCGCACGGUCGAUCACUAA